GGCGGUCCCUCCCUUCCUCCCUCUCUCCCUUCCUCCCUCCACCCCGAAGCGGCGCAGCCAUGCGGGUGGGCAGCUGGGCGCGGGGAGUUACGCACCGCGUGACGCUGUGCGGGGGCACGGAGCGGCGGUGCCGGCGACUACUGGCGGAAGGGGCGGCGGGGGGAGGCGCGGAGGCUGGGGCGGCCGUGCUGGUGCCGCUGUGCUCCGUGCGGGGCCGCCCCGCGCUGCUCUAUACGCUGCGCUGCAGCCGUCUGCGCGGGCCCUACGGCGGCGAUGUGAGCUUCCCCGGGGGGAAACGGGAGGCGGCGGACGGCGGAGCGGAGGGCACCGCGCUGCGAGAGGCGCGGGAGGAGCUGGGGCUGAACCUGCGGGAGGAGAGAGUCUGGGGCCGGCUGCGAGAGCUGCGCGACAGGCACGGGAUGCUUGUGGUCCCUGUGGUGGCCAACCUGGGACCCCUGGAGGACCUGACACUGUCCCCAAACCCUGACGAGGUGGCAGAGGUCUUCACACUGCCUCUGGAGCACCUCCUGCAGGAAGAGAACCAGGGCUACACCCAUUUCCGCACUGCGGGUCGCUACGGCUACACCCUGCCUGUCUUCCUCAACGGCCCCCACCGCAUCUGGGGGCUGACAGCCAUCAUCACUGAGCUGACGCUGGAGCUGCUGGCACCCAACUUGUACUGCAGAAAGACCCACGUGCCUGGCCAUGGCAUCACUGCUCCCCAAAAAAGGGCUUGAGCUGCAUAUUGAAGGAGCCGAGGCUCUGAGGGUGAGGGGUUUUGGGCUGGAAGGUUUUGGGGUGGAGGGUGGCAUGGUUUCACCACUGUCCCCUUCUCUGUGCCAUUGCACCCAUGGUCGACGUUUCACGUUGUGAUUUUAGUAAAAAGCCAUGUUUCAA